GAUGCUGAGCUUUUUCCGUCGAACCCUGGGACGGCGGUCUAUGCGUAAGCAUGCGGAGAAGGAACGGCUAAGAGAGGCCCAAAGAGCUGCAACCCACAUCCCUGCGGCUGGGGACGCAAAAUCCAUCAUUACUUGCCGAGUAGCGCUGCUGGAUGGAACAGAUGUCAGCGUGGACUUACCGAAAAAAGCCAAAGGCCAGCUCCUGUUUGAACAGAUCAUGUAUCAUCUGGACCUUAUAGAAAGCGACUACUUUGGAUUAAGGUUUAUGGAUUCCGCACAAGUGGCGCAUUGGCUGGACAACACAAAAAGCAUUAAAAAACAAGUUAAAAUUGGCCCACCAUAUUGUCUGCAUUUUCGUGUAAAGUUUUACUCAUCAGAGCCCAACAAUCUACGUGAAGAGCUGACAAGGUAUUUAUUUGUUCUGCAGCUGAAACUGGAUAUUCUUAGUGGAAAACUGGAAUGUCCUUUUGACACAGCCGUCCAGUUGGCAGCUUAUAACAUGCAAGCUGAACUUGGAGACUAUGAUCCUGUCGAACACGUCCCUGAGCUGGUGUCUGAGUUCAGGUUUGUUCCCACUCAGACUGAAGAGAUGGAACUGGCCAUUUUUGAGAAGUGGAAGGAGUGCAGGGGGCAAACACCAGCACAGGCUGAAACUAACUACUUAAACAAAGCUAAGUGGCUGGAAAUGUAUGGUGUAGACAUGCACAUAGUCAAGGCAAGAGACGGCAAUGAUUACAGCCUGGGACUAACACCUACAGGAGUUCUUGUCUUUGAAGGAGACACAAAGAUUGGUUUGUUUUUCUGGCCAAAGAUAACAAGACUUGACUUCAAGAAGAACAAACUCACUCUGGUUGUUGUUGAAGAUGAUGAACAGGGAAAGGAGCAGGAGCACACUUUUGUCUUUAGACUGGAUCAUCCCAAAGCCUGCAAACACUUGUGGAAGUGUGCGGUGGAACAUCACGCCUUCUUCCGGCUCCGGGGUCCUGUCCAGAAAAGCUCAAGUCGCUCAGGCUUCAUUCGGUUAGGGUCCCGCUUCCGGUACAGUGGGAAAACAGAGUAUCAAACCACUAAGACCAACAAAGCCAGGAGAUCAGCAUCCUUUGAAAGGAGGCCCAGCAAGAGAUACUCAAGACGAACACUACAAAUGAAAGCACAUUCCCCUAAACUUGAAGAAACGAGUAUUGCAAACAACGCUGUUAUCAACCAAACUAAUGGAUCACAACGCUGGAACGCAAACCCAAGCCUCCCUGUCCUAACAGCGGUUCCUUCUGCCCCAGUCUUAGUGGAAAUAGAAAACCUCCCGAGGAGCCCCGGAGCCGGCCAGCAAGACAAGAAGUGCGUGCCUCUUGUUGAUUUGCUGGACAGCACAGACUUGCCAGAAACUUGUGUUGAUGAUGCCGUUGGCCGUCCAGUUGUUGGCUUGGCAACAGGGGAUUCUGAAGAGGCUGUUAAUUUCCCUCAUCCUGGCACAAAGGAAUCUGCUGCUGAAAAAGCAGACUCUGAUCCGUUUGAAGACACGUUCCUAAAGCUGAAGCAGCUGGAGACAGAGUGCAGCAGCCCCGUGCCAGGGGAGCGUCCCAACGUGAACAUUAACGUACAGGAUGAAGUGGUGAAGCUGACAGAUAAAUGUCUUAACAACGCAAUUGAGAGCCCGAUGGCAGCAGCGACGUGGCUUCCAGCAGAUAUCAAAAGCAAUAUCCUGAAGGCCCAGGCAGAAGCAGGGCACAAGGUGGUAAGAGAAGACAACCUGACAGGUGUCAAGAACUCCAAUAUUCAGGAUGCUGCUGCCAGGAACAUUCUCCCCUCGGGCAGAACACAGAGCAGUCCCCCAGCAGCCAGUCCAGUAUUUCAAGCCCCAAGAGAGCUGCUGAAGGCAGCCCCUGCCCCAAACGCCUUUGUUCUUAACGCGUUAACUGAGGACAGCGCUGCCUCUACCCACGAGGACCUGCUGAUUCCAGCUCAUCUGGCUCCGGCCGAGGAGGCGGCUGUUUCAAAGAGCGCUCCAGAUGACCAGGACGUUUCCUUAACACCAUUGACAGAGAAUCUAAUUGACUUUACAGAAGCCACACCUCGGGUGUCUUCCCAGCCCACCAUAAUGCCGAGGUGGAUAGUGCCAACGGGACCGAUUCCCAACGGGCCGUUGGGAGGUGACGCAGCCUUAGCUCUGAAGGCAGUGAAAGGCAGCGGGGACACCCUCCUGUUGUCACCUGGAUUGCCACCGUCCCAGCAGACACCCGACGUCCUUCCCAGCCCAGUCACUGAGGAUGCUACAAUAAGAACAAAAUGUUUACUCACCACCGAACUCUAGAAGAAGGAGUUUCUGCACUUCCCACCUUGUAAAAACUCUAAUCUUCUAACACAUCCCUAAGGCACCCUUCUGAGAGACUUCCUUGGGACCAAACUCUUGCUGAACAGGAGUCAAACAGCCAGCUGGAUCCAGGAAGAGACUUCUACAUUUAUUGCAAUCUAACUGGAAUUACAGUCGAAACCGGGAUAUAAAACCACAUGCACGUUUGAUCUUCUGCCUCAGGAGAAGUGAAGUACCACACUGGAGCUAGUUCUGACCGUGAGGAACAGUCUGGUUGUGUCCCUCUCACACUAGGUUUAGUCUGUCUUACCCUGUGUGUCACUGGAGAGCGUUCACUGUGAUGUGGGUGUGUAGCUGCCAGCUCGGUGUCCCUGGCCUCUUAGUCAUACUGGAAAGAUGAGGAGAACUUGUGGGGCCACCUUGUGGUCACUCCAUGCCCGGUGGCUCACAGUAGCGAUGACUUUCAUACGGCCAAGGACACUUGCUUCUGUGUGAUUUACUCCCUCUCCUUUUUGGCCUUAACCCCCGUAAUGUUCCUUGCACCUCUUGUUACAGUACCCGGGAAGAAUGAAAAUCUAGUCCUUCAGUCACCAACUACGUUGACUGGAUUUGAGCUGCUCCUUGCAACCAGGGAAAGGAAAAUUAACCUGCCAAACAUCUUCUCUCACUAGCAGACCACAGCAGAGGUCCCACAUUUUGACACUGGUUGUUUCAUUUCCUAUAUGAGUCAAAUACACACGUUUUAGGCUGGAGAUAGGUAUGUUUUCAAUGCUGAAGGUAAAGUACAGCUCGCUUCAGGAACUGCUUGUUGGUUAGUUUUGUUCUCAUACAAGGCUAAGGAGAAAAAUAUUUUUCUUGUUUCUAUUCCUGCUGUUUCUGGGUGUUGUUUCCAGGUGCUGUGCUUUGGGAGUACUUACCAGGUAGAUUAGCGGCACGAGGGCACAACUAGAUCAGUGCUUAACACCACCUCAAAUCCUGUUCCAAGUGUCAUCUAAUAGUUGUAUGUGGAACAAAGAAUAGAAAGAGUAAGGGGAAAACAU